AUGCUUAAAGAAGAGUGUGGUUUCCCAGAUACUGUUGACUUUAGUGACAGAUAUAAAGAAGCUAUUGGAAAGUUCAAGGAUGGAAAUACUGACCCGAACCUAUUUAGCUUUAUGGCUCAGCACCAAAACGGAUAUAAUCUCAAACCUGGAAAAUACAAGCUCGCUAAGGGAUAUGAUUUAAUAGCAUAUCAUCCAAAUGACAUGGAUGAAUUUACUCCGAGAUAUUUGAUGUCAGAGCUAAAUGACAAUUCAACUUUCGUCAUGAAACGCGUAAAAAAUAGAGACGGAACGAAAGAACAAAAGCUUAUGAAUGCGGAUGACGUAGAUAGGGAAAUUGUUGAAAACGGUCUCGGAAUAUAUGAAAUGCCAGCAGAUGAGGUACAAGAAACUCCACAGGAAGAAGUUCAGAUACAACCAGACAUGGAAGAAAUAGUUCAGCAACAACAGCUAGAAGAGCCUGAAGGAAACGAACAAGUCACUCCUUUGGAAACUAACUUCACAGAACUAGAUGAAGAUUUGGAACAGCCG